AUGGUUGUACUGGGUUGGCAUCCAAGUCGAUGGAAAACAUUUGUGGCUAACAGAAUAGCCCAAGUAAAGCAAAUCAUCGGAACAACAUGCUGGAAAUACGUGAAAUCGGAAGAAAAUCCUGCAGACUGUGCCAGCAGAGGACUAUUCGCUUCCCAGUUACUAACUCACACACUUUGGUGGGAGGGCCCGCAAUGGCUGAAAAAUAACAAGCUACCGGAACAACCAAAAACACCUGAAACAAAGGAAGAAUUUUCGCACUUAACAGCAAGGGACAUAGGAAACGCUCACGACAUUAUUAUGAAAGCUGUACAACUUAGCGACUUUGCUCAAGAAAUUGGACUUCUACAGAAACAUAAACAAGUGCAUUCAACAAGUAAAAUUCUAAACUUGAACCCAAUUUUGGAUAAAGAUGGGAUUUUAAAAGUUGGCGGAAGAUUAGAAAAUGCAGCGUUAAGCAGGUCGCAGAAACAUCCGAUAAUUCUGUCAAACAAGAACCGACUGUGUGAGCUGUUAAUCAAACAAGCACAUGAAGCUACACUACAUGGUGGCGCUAGAUUGACUCUUGCACACCUACGAAAUAGAUAUUGGAUCCUUGGCGGUAUGAACACUGUCAAAAAGCAGCUCAUCAAGUGUGUAAAAUGUCACUGCUUUAAAACAUCAAGAGACAGUCAACUGAUGGCCGACUUACCGAAACCGCGAGUAACCCCAUCACGCCCGUUCACGCACACCGGUGUAGAUUUCACUGGCCAAGUAGAAGUGAAAGCUAACAAGGGCCGGGGCAUCAAGACAACGAAGGGGUAUAUCGCCAUAUUUAUAUGUUUGGCGACCAAGGCCAUACAUCUGGAAUUGGUCUCGGAUUUAAGUACACCCGCUUUCCUUGCGGCCUUGAAACGUUUGUGUGCUCGACGAGGCACGCCCAAACAUUUAUACAGUGACAAUGGCACUAACUUUGUCGGUGCGGCGAAAACAUUAACAAAAGAACGCAAAGAAGCUUUACAAUACUAUGUAAACAAAGAGUUCCUGGACAACCUUGUGGAACCUGUCAUCGAGUGGCAUUUUAAAUUCAAGGCCGUUACUAACAUUGACAAGUGA